AUGUCCAAGAAGAGAAAGAUUGAUGCACAAGGAAGGCUGUUUCACGAACGAUGGGAAAACGAAUACUUGUUUGUACUUCAAGGUGAAAAACCGGUAUGUCUUGUAUGUUAUGAGGCGGUGUCGGUCGUAAAAGAAUAUAAUCUACGUCGGCAUUUUGACACCAAACACGGAGCUCAGUAUGCUAAAUUCAGCCUCCAAGAAAAACAAGGAAUAGCAGCAGAAUUAAAAGGCAGACUGCAGUCGCAGCAGGAUGUGUUCAGAAAAGCUACGGGCAAAAACGAUGCAGCAGUGAAAGCCAGCUUUAUCGUGGCCGAAGAAAUCGCCCGAGCUUCAAAGUCUUUUUCAGAGGGUGCAUUUUUGAAGCAGUGCAUGCUGAAAGUGUGUGAGCAGGUGUGCCCCGACCAGAUACAGACUUUUAAAAAUGUCAGUUUGUCAAGAAACACCAUCGUGGACCGAGUUAAGGAACUGGCAGGAAAUCUCUCAACACAGCUGGCUGAAGAGACACGGAGCUGUCUAGCUUUUUCAUUAGCUGUGGAUGAAAGCACAGACAACGUGGAUACAGCGCAGUUAUCCAUUUUUAUUAGAGGAGUGAAGCCGGACCUCUCUGUCCUCGAAGAGCUGUUGGAUGUAGCCGCCAUGCAUGGGACCACAACGGGUCAGGACAUUUUUGAGGCAGUGGAGAAGUCCGUAAAUAAGCAUAAAUUGCCGUGGGAAAAGUUGGUGGGACUAACUACAGAUGGAGCACCUGCGAUGCGUGGAGGAAAAUCAGGCUUGGUUGGACGAGUGAAGGAGAAAUUGCAAGAAAGUAACUGUCACACGCCCCUGAUAACCUAUCAUUGCAUUAUCCAUCAAGAAGCUCUGUGUGGAAAGGUUCUGGAGCUGGAUAAUAUAAUGACCACGGUCAUGAAAACAGUGAACUUUAUUCGAGCGCGCGGCCUGAAUCACCGGCAGUUCCAGUUGCUCUUGCAGGAGAUGGGCUCGGAGCACGGAGAUGUGCCGUACCACACAGAAGUAAGGUGGCUGAGCAGGAGCAAAGUCCUCAAACGAUUUUUUGAGCUGAGGGAAGAAAUUGUUUUUUUCAUACAGAGCAAAGGAAAACCGUUGCCUGAACUAUCAGAUCCAAACUGGCUGUGUGACUUUGCUAUGUUGUGUGACAUAACCGCGCAUCUCGCUCAUCUGAAUGAGAAACUCCAGGGACGUAAACAAGUCAUCACACAGAUGUCCGACAUGAUCACAGCUUUCCAGCGAAAACUCGAUCUAUGGAAGUGUCAGGUGGAACAGGACAAUCUCGCCCACUUUACUGUUUGUCAAAGCAUCUCAGCCUCCAUUCCCGGUGCUUUUUCAUGUUCUCGGUUGGCUACCAAACUGAACCGGUUAAUGUGUGAGUUUGAUCUGCGCUUCUCUGACUUUAAAGCGCAGCAAUCUGGUUUUGACAUUUUUACAAAUCCUUUCACCACCGACGUCUGUAGUGCGCCCCAUCACCUUCAGAUGGAGUUAAUUGAGCUUCAAAGUGACAGUGGCCUGAGAGCAAAGUUCCAGGAUUCUGCAAUCGAGGACUUUUACCGUCUCCUGCCCCCUGGUUUGAUGCCACAGCUCCGACUUCAUGCUGCUCGUGUUCUGUCCAUGUUUGGGAGCACCUAUCUGUGCGAACAGAUGUUUUCAAUAAUGAAUGUAAACAAGACCAAGCACAGAUCACGCAUCACCGAUGACAACCUGCACGCUGUUUUGCGGAUUGCCUCAGCACAAGACCUAAAACCAGACAUUGACACCCUGACCAACGGAAAACGGUGCCAGACAUCCGGCCAGAAAAAAUAG